AUGGUUUCGUUUGCGAGCGUUUUACUUUUGAUGAUUUCUACCCUAUUUAUGGUUGCAAGUGCUCGAGAAUUCAGCCCAACCGCACUUUAUAAACUUGAAGAACGCCUGCUCCCCGCUUUAAAUAGAUUUAUUUCCCAGAAAGAGGAACAUUUGAAGGAGAUCGAAGAAGCUCUCAAUCGUACUUCUGUUUUAAAGACACUAUCUGGUGAUGAAGUAGGAGAAUAUCUGGGGAAUCCACUUAAUCAAUUCCACGUGGUUAAGAGAUUUGUCGACGACUGGGGAAGACUUGAAGAAUAUUUGAACUCGGACAGUUCCACUGAUCGUAAGUUUCAGUAAAGUUUUGUUAUUCUCUUCGCCUUAUGCAGUUUUCUUCCAUCGCGGUUUUGGGUUCUAUUCGUGCCUCACCUAACAAAUACAAUUUUUUCCGGCGAUAAUAAUUUACGAGCAAUGAAAGGUCGAAACCUUUCUAUCUUACUCGUAAAAGAACAGACUUCAGGAGUUUAAUUGCAGUCGUUACAAAGACACGUGCUUUGAGCGCAAGAGUUAGGAGUGGCCGCGCCUCUCAGUUCCACGCCGGAUAUAAGAUGAUCUUUUUUCAAAUUUCACUCUGUUCUUUCAGUAUGGAGUUGAUUCGCUCUAUAAAAGUCAGUGAAUACACGGAAUUUUCAUGUCUAAAAAGAGCACAGCCGAAACAUGGAAGAAGACUACCGUAAAGUCCUCCCGAGCUAUCCGGCACUCGAUCGAAGACUCUACAGUCACUCUAUUGAGUCAGUGAACCGGUGUUAUCGACUUCUGUCUGCGACUCAGCCGUUUGAGACCGUUUCAGGUAAAACAUUUUGUAAUAUUUUCUUGUACUUUUAUUGCAGAGUUCCUUUCAGCGAUAGAGGAAGAGAGAAAUAGGAUACCAGAAAAGGCUGAGCUUAACAAAGCACUUUAUGAGCUGGAGAGAAACGGGAUAGAUCCCGAGGGUUAUCAGGUCUGAGAUGAAAGUUUGGAUGGA